AUAUAUUUAGACAUCUUAAACAGAUAUUAAAAUAGAAACAGCUAAAAGCCAUUAAUGGUAAAUUUAUAUAGACUUUUGUGAGCUAUUUUCCCUCCCUUUCACUUCUUUCCAUGGUAGGGAAUCUUACCCAGGGCCAUAUACAUGUUAGGCAAGUGCUCUACUAUUGGGGAUUGGGCCAUGAGCCCCAUUGUCUGGCAAGAUGAUAAGAAAGAGAGAAAUUUAGUAAUACAAGAUGAGUGACUGGGAAGUCUGUGUCUCCAGAUGGGCCAAGAGAGCAACACUCCAAGACAGCCACCACCAUUCAUUGGGUGUAUACAGUGAUAAGUGGAGUUGCAAAAGAUUUGAAUUUAGUGGAAGACUCAGAGGUCAAAUAUAAUCCUGCGAUGUCUCAAGAAGGUGUAGAUGAUCUUAUACUAAGAAGUAUCUUGCCCUGGAACAUAAUGCUAGGAUGACUCAAGAAGGCAUAGAUGAUCUUAUGCUAAGAGGGAUCUUGCCCUAGUGGUUUUAGUCUUAGUGGGUGGGAGAGGAUGACUCAUCCCUAACGAGUGAAUGGGAAUCUCAAGUAGGUAGUACCAGUAACCCCAAACCUCCAUUUUAUCCCUUAGGGAAGUAUGCAAAACUAGCUCAUGUGAAUUCGUGGUCCCCAGUGCUCUCCCACUUAGCUAUCCUCUUAGCCCUAUUACAGACUCAGAUACAUUUGUGAAAGUUGUAUGAUCCUCAGAAUCUUCACUGGUUCAAAAUGUUCAAAGUAAAUAAUCAACUAGCUAGCUAUUCAUUUAUUUAAAUUUCUGGAAAAUAGAAUACCUGAGAAAGGGAAUUUCUGAGUAGUGACUUUUAUACUCUUGUGGCUGGCACAAAAUACCUGAUAUCUCCAUGUUAAAGGAGGAGGAAAAAUUUAUUCUGGCUAGUUUGUAGUGGUUUUGAUAUAGGGGAAAGAAAUUCCCAAUCUACAAGAUUUUUGGUAUGACUUUGCGUUCUCUAAAAUUGAUGAAUUUUAGGAACGGUGGAGGUUAAAAGCAGAAUAUAUUUAUCCUUGUUUAUGUGUAUGUCAGAUUCUUUUCUCUACCAGGAAAGUUUUCUGCCAUUAUGUCUGUGAAUACUUUUUUUUUUUAAAUGUCCUUUGUGAUGCCUCCUGCUUUUUCAUUGACUCCAGUCAGUCAGUCCUAAAUAAAUAUUAUUUGUGUCAUCUAGCAGCUGCUGGAUUGAUUUCUCAUGGUUCCCUACUACUUUUGAGAAAUGUUUCUUUUCUUGGUCACUAACUGUAAGCCUGUCUUGAAUAUGAGAUCCUGUCCUCAUAUUAGCAGAUCUGCUUCAAAUACUUUUAAUUGAGUUUUUAUUCUCCUAGAUAACUGCUUGAAUCUGCUUAAUGGAUUCCAUUUCUUUCUUAUGCUAAGCUUCCAUAAUUUUCUUAAGUUUGACCUUUUUUUGUCUGUAUGUGCUCUAAGCUUGGUAUGUAUUUUGGUAAUUGGUAGUUAUCUCUGAGAGAUUAUGUUAGGCUAUUCUGGUGCAAUAGAGGAAUAAAAACUACAAAACGAACAGGUUUAUUGAGCUGAGGAGCACACAAUCCAUGGUGGCUGGGCAGACACAGAGGCAGAGGGUGAUACAAACUCUGAUCAGAAGUGGUGCAUGGGGCGGAUAUUGAUGGCUUGUGAGGAACCGAUUGGAAUUCUCUGUGUUUGCAAAAAGGAAGGGGAGUUGCAUUUAGGGCUGAAGAAGAAGCAAGAAGUGGUAAGCAUGCCCGCUUUGGGCUUCCAUCAUACUGCCAUAAUUGUACAGUAAUUUAUACCAGGGCAAAAACCUUUCAGAUUAUUUCUGAUUUCAUUUUUUUGUAGCCUCAUUCAGUUGCUUUGUUUUACCACUUCAGAGAUGCCUGGUGAGCGACUUUCAGAUUGUCCCACCUUAUUGCUGAUAGGAUUAUUUCCAAAAGAUAAAAAGUAUUUCCAAAAGAUGAGAAGUAUAAAAUAAAAAGCGGCCUUUAUUCUGAGAACACGGAGAGAGAUCACCGGCACCCCCCCACCGCUGGAGUCCAGCGAUCUCUCCGGCGGACACGUGGCGUGGGGGAUCAUGGAUUUUCCUGGUCAUUUUGAGCAGAUUUUUCAACAGCUGAACUACCAGAGACUUCACGGUCAGCUCUGCGAUUGUGUCAUUGUAGUGGGGAAUAGGCAUUUCAAAGCCCACCGCUCCGUGCUGGCCGCGUGCAGCACGCAUUUCCGAGCCCUGUUCUCGGUGGCAGAAGGCGAUCAGAGCAUGAACAUGAUCCAGCUCGACAGCGAAGUGGUGACUGCAGAGGCCUUUGCCGCACUGAUUGACAUGAUGUAUACCUCCACCCUCAUGCUGGGAGAGAGCAACGUUAUGGACGUCCUACUGGCAGCCUCUCACCUGCACUUGAACUCUGUUGUUAAGGCGUGCAAGCAUUACCUUACCACACGGACACUGCCCAUGUCUCCCCCGAGCGAGCGCAUACAGGAGCAGAGUGCCCGCAUGCAGCGCUCCUUUAUGCUGCAGCAGCUGGGGUUGAGCAUCGUGAGCUCAGCCCUCAAUUCCGGCCAGAGUGGCGAGGACCAGCCGGCCCCCAUGAGCUCAUCCCUGCGCAGUACCAUGGACCAGCGGACACCCUUCCCCAUGAGACGCCUUCACAAGCGCAAGCAGUCUGCGGAGGAGCGGGCCAGGCAGCGCCUGCGGCCCUCCGUGGAUGAGUCUGCCAUUCCAGAUGUCACGCCAGAGAGCGGGCCUCCGGGGGUUCACUCCCGGGAGGAGUUCUUUUCACCAGACUCUCUGAAAAUGGUAGACAAUCCUAAACCUGAUGGCAUGGCCGACAACCAAGAAGACAGUGCUAUGAUGUUUGACCAGUCUUUUGGUGCCCAAGAAGAUGCCCAGGUGCCCAGUCAGUCUGAUAACACCGCCAGCAACAUGGCACAAUUGUCAAUGGCCUCUCGCGCAACGCAGGUUGAGAGUGGUUUUGAGCAGGAAGCUGCAGCUGAGAAAAGUGGUUUCCAGUGCGAAAAUGCUGAAGUUGGCCUUGGCGAGAAGGAGCACAUGAGAGUGGUGGUGAAAUCUGAGCCCCUGAGCUCGCCUGAGCCUCAGGAUGAAGUGAGCGAUGUGACCUCCCAGGCCGAAGGCAGCGAGUCUGUGGAAGUGGAAGGAGUUGUGGUCAGCGCCGAGAAGAUCGACCUUAGCCCGGAGAGCAGUGAUCGGAGUUUUUCAGAUCCCCAGUCCAGCACAGAUAGGGUAGGUGACAUCCACAUUCUGGAAGUCACAAAUAACCUAGAACAUAAGUCCACAUUUAGCAUUUCAAAUUUUCUUAACAAGAGCAGAGGAAGCAACUUUAGUGCAAAUCAGAACAAUGAUGAUAACAUCCCGAACACCACUAGCGACUGCCGGCUGGAGGGCGAGGCCCCGUACCUGCUUAGUCCAGAGGCGGGGCCUGCCCGCAGCUCUUCCUCUGCCCCUGGCUCCCAUGUGGAGAACCCUUUCAGUGAGCCAGCCGACUCGCACUUCGUCAGGCCUGUGCAAGAGGUGAUGGGCCUGCCCUGUGUGCAGGCAUCAGGUUACCAGGGCGAGCAGUUUGGGAUGGACUUCUCCAGGGCUGGUUUGGGACUCCACUCCUCCUUUUCCAGAGUAAUGAUGGGCUCCCCAAGAGGAGGAGCCAGUAACUUUCCAUACUACCGACGCAUAGCUCCCAAAAUGCCAGUGGUAACUUCCGUCAGGAGUUCACAGAUGCCAGAAAACUCUGCCAGUUCCCAGCUAAUGAUGAAUGGGGCCACAUCGUCAUUUGAGAACAGCCAUCCCUCCCAGCCUGGCCCUCCGCAGUUGACCAGGGCAUCUGCUGAUGUCCUGUCAAAGUGCAAGAAGGCCUUAUCAGAGCACAAUGUUUUGGUUGUAGAGGGAGCUCGCAAGUAUGCCUGCAAAAUCUGCUGCAAAACUUUCCUGACUUUGACAGACUGCAAGAAGCACAUCCGUGUCCACACGGGUGAGAAGCCCUAUGCCUGCCUGAAGUGCGGCAAGAGAUUCAGUCAGUCCAGCCACCUGUAUAAACACUCGAAAACCACCUGCCUGCGGUGGCAGAGCAGCAAUCUGCCCAGCACCUUGCUCUGACUGUCCUCGUGAGACGGAGCUAGGGCCAGUCAUGGGACUGAGACUAAAACCAACUUUUGGUGGGCUGUUCACGCCUUUAGGUUUGAGGCUUCAGCUGUCUGGUGGCUCUUGCAGAUUUCAACAGUUACUAAGUGCAAACCGUCACCAGGCAGCGCGUGGCUCUGAGUGAGGCACACGCCUUGGGAAUGAGAUGCAGGAUAUCCCUGGAACUAAGUUCUUCCACAGGGCUGAGGAAUGCAGUUAUAGUUUGUAACUAAUCUUGUUAAAAGUGGCACACUUGAAAAAUGGAAGUGCAAAACAAUUUUUUAGCAAUUUUUAUAAAGCUCUGUGAAGCAUUUAAUUAAAUUUCCUAUACCCCCAGUGGGAAUGUUAUAUAUGUGUACAGUGAUGCAAAAUGCACUUAAGUGUAACCAGUGGUGACUUGGUGCCUGUCUGAGAGGAAGACCCUUGAGGACAUGCCUGUCUGCCACCAAUGCUUUAAAUUCUGAGCUAGAUAGGCCUAGGCCUCAGAAAGUACUGUAUUUUUUAUUUUCAUCCGAGUUGCAGUCACAGACACUGUGCUCUGAUGGUGCUGACACUGGGUCCAGGCGAGCAUUCUCUUGGACUAAAUAGGUGUAUAUACUUUUGAGUCUGUUGAGUAGAUGUUCUAACCUUUUUUUCCCUUCUGGUUUUAAAGACUAAAGUCAUAAAUGGAGUAUGUACUUGUAGAAGGUGACAAGUAAGAUAUUGUUUCUGUAUGUGCUGUUUUAGCAGAAUUUUAACCGACUUGUGUUACCAAUGUUACGGUUCCAUGUUUGGAAGUCAGAAAAGAGCUAGUUGUUUGUCUUUGUUCUGAUGAUGUGGAGUCGUUCUGUGGCGCCUUCAUGAUCCACUGCCCUUUGCUCCAUCAGACACUGAAGACCAGUUCAGUCUGACACCUUCCACCCAAGGACAAGCCUGGUUCCCACCAUUUCUCCACGCCCCCCUUGUAUGGCCUUUCUCCCUAAUUACUGUUUUCAGUUACAAACUUACCAAAAUAAUGUCACCUGCCAUGGGCUUUUAUUACCAGUACAUACUAGUCUUUAAAGUGCUAUGCUGAUAAAAGUACUAUUCUUUAAAUGUAUAUACUAUUCUUUAAAAGUAACUUUUAUUAUUGCUUCUCCAACUCAAUACUGAGGACUGAAAAUUGUUUAAAAUCCAAACAUAGUAGCGUUCAUGGAUCAGUCUCUUCCAGCCUUUGUAAGGGAUGCAGCAGCCCGCAGCACAGAAGUCGCCCAGUAGCAUCUGAGACUGCAGGAGGCAUCCGAGGCACUGGCCAGGGCCUCCUGCCUCACUUCCCUCACCCUAUCUUGCUGUCCUGUGCUGUCAGGGCUGUUGGUGGCACCCCUUUUGGCCAUCCCCCUGGCUCAUGUGUACAGAGGAACAGCCCAGGUUCCUGUAUCUCUGUAGAGUUCAGUUUAGGUUAUGCACAAACAUGGAUUCAUUUUGCUUUUUAUACAGCUUUCUCAGAAAUAACCACUGUGCAUAAUUCAGAGAAUUUAUUCAGUUCUUAUGUUUAGGAAACUUUAAGUAUGUGUAGUUUGAAACAAAAGUGUGUGACUUCUCUUAAUCUAGUAUGCACAGUACAUGUGUGGAUAAAUCUAACGUUCAUAGAAGCCUGGGCCUCUCCGAGGAGCCGAUCCCAGGAGGAGAGCUCAACAAGGAGACUGCAGCUGCUGCUCUGGACAGAUGUGGGGGACAUUGGAGGACACAUGGUCACUUGUGAAAUUCAUUUCCUUGUGGCUCACUGUCAGCUGCCCUGUCCUGUCCUGAUCCAUCCACCCUCACCUGGUUAGGGACUGGUGUCCUGGGAGGAGACUGACACUGGGAGUCCGGUGGGUCAGCCUGGGGAAUGAGAGUGCCAUCUGGGCCUAAGGCGAGGAGCCAGUGACACAGGCACGGCAGCGCUCCUUCCCUCCCAUCUUUCAGAGGUGGAACCGGGAGCCUCUUUCUGACCCCCGCCUAGGCAGACGUGAACUUGUCUUUGGGGCCUGUGUCUAACACAGACCAGAGUCCUGCCUCUCCCCUGCUAGGUGGAAGCUGGAAUCUCAUCUACCUCUUAGUCAGUUUCUAUGUGUGAGAAGCAACUUGUGGGCCAAUGUCCUGGAUCAUCCUGUAGCACUUAAAAAUUCCAAGGUUUCCUGGAAAACCAGGGGUCCUGUGAUCUAGUUUCUACCUGGAUUCCAACUGGUAUUGAGGACCUAAAAUAUUAAUUGGUUAGCCUUAAUGAUAGCCUGGCAUAAUCAUAAUCUUUUUGGGUAGUAACAGCAAAAAGUUCUGUCAGGGUACCUGUGUCAGUGGUGCUAUGCUGGUUUAAAUGAGAUUUUGAAAUAAACCGUUUGUCAUAUCCAUGUCUCUAAA